UUUGGUCCCUGCUCUCCUUAGUGACAAGCCCUACCGGUGCCUCUUUCCAUUCCGAGACCACAGCUGUUGAGCACCACGACCUAUCCAGCUCCAGGCAGGACCAAGGAUGGAUGAGGAGCUGUACUCCAGGCAACUGUAUGUGCUGGGCCUGCCUGCUAUGCAGAGAAUCCAAGGAGCCAAGGUCCUGCUGUCUGGCCUGCAGGGUCUUGGGGUUGAGGUGGCCAAGAACCUGGUCCUAAUGGGUGUGGGUAGCCUCACUCUGCACGAUCCCCAUCCCACUUGCUGGUCUGACCUGGCUGCCCAGUUUUUCCUCUCAGAAGAGAACUUGGGAAGGAGCAGGGCUGAAGCCUCUCAAGGACCCUUGGCUCAGCUCAAUGACACUGUCCAGGUCUCUGUCCAUACAGGUGACAUCACUGAGGACCUACUACGCCAUUUCCAGGUGGUGGUGCUGACGGCCUCGAAGAUGGAGGAGCAGCUGAAGGUGGACACCUUGUGCCACAAGCAUGGAAUCUGUUUUCUGAUGGCUGAUACACGGGGCCUUGUGGGGCAGUUGUUCUGUGACUUUGGUGAAAAUUUCACUGUGGAGGACCCCACAGAGGCGGAACCCAUGACAGCUGCCAUCCAGGACAUCUCCCAGGGAUCCCCAGGCAUUGUCACUCUGAGAGGAGACACCAGAAGACAUUCCUUCUGUGAUGGCGACAUGGUGACUUUCUCAGGCAUCGAGGGCAUGGUUGAACUCAACAGCUGUCCUCCACAGCCCAUCCAUUUGCAGAAGGACGGGUCUUUGGAGAUUGGGGACACAACGACUUUUUCUCGUUACCUGCGUGGUGGGGCUAUCAUUGAAGUCAAGAAAUCCAUGACUGUGAGGCAUGAACCCUUGGAUACAGCCUUGCUCCGGCCCCGUUUGGUAACUCAGAGCCCACGGGAAGUCCACCGUGCCCGCUGUCUGCAUCAGGCCUUCCGAGCACUGCACCAGUUCCAGCAGCAGCAUCACCGGCUGCCGAAGCCCUGGGAUGCUGUUGAUGCAGAGACCGUGGUGGGCCUGGCCCAGGACCUGGAACCACUAAAAGGGACAAAAGAAGAGUUGCUGGAUGAGGCUUUACUGCGGACAGUUGCUCUGACCAGCGCUGGUAGCUUGAGCCCCAUGGCAGCCAUUUUGGGAGGAAUAACUGCCCAGGAAGUCCUGAAGGCAAUCUCCAGGAAAUUCAUGCCCCUGGACCAGUGGCUUUACUUUGACGCCCUUGAAUGCCUUCCGGAAGACGAGGAGCUCCUUCCCAAUCCUGUGGACUGUGCUCCGAGAGACUGCCGCUACGAUGGACAAAUCGCGGUGUUUGGGGCCAGUUUUCAAGAAAAACUGAGCCACCAGCACUACUUCUUGGUAGGUGCUGGUGCCAUUGGCUGUGAAACCCUCAAAGGCUUCUCUCUAGUGGGCCUGGGAGCCGGAGGCCGGGGAGGCGUGACUGUUGCCGACGCGGACCAUAUAGAGCGAUCGAACCUUAGCCGUCAGUUCCUCUUCAGACCCCAGGAUGUCGGGAGACCCAAGGCAGAAGUGGCUGCAGAAGCUGCUCAGGGUCUGAAUCCAGACCUGCACGUGACUCCACGACCCCACCCACUGGAUCCCACCACAGAGCACAUCUAUGGGGACAACUUCUUCUCCCGGGUGGACGGUGUGGUUGCUGCCCUGGACAGCUUUCAGGCCCGACAUUAUCUUGCCGCUCGAUGUACCCACUAUUUGAAACCACUGCUGGAGGCAGGCACACAGGGCACCCGGGGGAGUGCGUCAGUGUUUGUGCCACAUGUGACGGAAGUCUACAAAGGUCCUUCCUCAGCUGAAGUUUCUGAGGAUGCCCCCUAUCCUGUCUGCACCAUGCGACACUUCCCUAGCACAGCUGAGCAUAUCCUGCAGUGGGCUCGGGAUGAAUUUGAGGGACUCUUUAGACUGUCUGCAGAGACCAUCAACCGCUGCCAACAGACAUGCCCUUCCCUAGCAGAUACGGAUAGGCUACAGAUACUGCCCUUACUGCAGCAGGUGCUGGGUGUCCUCAGGGUGCGCCCACAGACCUGGCAAGACUGUGUGGUGUGGGCCCUUGGCCACUGGCAACUAUGCUUCCACGAUGGCAUCAGAGAGCUGCUGAGACGUUUCCCACCUGAUAAAGUGCUUGAAGAUGGGACUCCGUUCUGGUCAGGACCUAAACAGUGUCCUCAGCCUCUGCAGUUUGACCCCAGCCAAGACAUGCAUUUCCUGUACGUGCUGGCAGCUGCCAACCUGUAUGCCCAGAUGCAUGGGCUUCCUGGUUCACGAGAUCAGACCGCGCUCAGGGAGCUGCUGGAGUUGCUAUCCAAGUCCCAACUCCUGAACCCCAAUUCUGCUAGCAACCUAGAGCUGGCUUGGACUCCUGCUGAGUUUGGCCCUGAGCACUUGAGGGAACUACAGAAAGUCCUGGAAGUGUGGAGCAAGGGCCCUCCUUUGAAGCCUCUGCUGUUUGAAAAGGAUGGUGACAGCAACUUCCAUAUGGACUUUGUGGUAGCGGCAAGUUACCUGAGAUCUCAGAACUAUGGGAUCCUACCGGUCAGCCAAGCUCAGAUCAAGCAAAUCGUGGGCCAGAUUAUCCCAGCCAUUGCUACCAGUACCGCUGUCGUGGCAGGGCUGCUGGGCCUGGAGCUGUAUAAGUUGGUGAGCGGAGCUCGGCCACUUGGUGCCUUUCGUCACAGCUAUUUGCACCUAGCUGAAAAUCACUUCAUACGGUUGGUUCCUUCUGCUCCAGCCAACCAGACGUUUCACCACCUAAAGUGGACCUGUUGGGACCGCCUGAAGGUACCCGCUGGGCAGCCUGAGAAGACGCUGAAGUCCCUGCUGGCCCAUCUCGAGGAGGAGCACGGGCUAAGGGUGAGACUGCUGCUGCGUGGCCAGGCCCUGCUCUAUUCAGCGGGAUGGCCAGCUGAAAAGCAGAGCCAGCACCUGCAUCUCAGGGUGACAGAACUGGUUCAGCAAGUGACGGGCUGGGUGCCUGAGCCUGGGCUGCGGGUACUAGUGCUGGAGCUGAGCUGUGAGGAUGAGGACGACGAAGCUGCCUUCCCACCUCUGCAUUAUGAGCUGUGACAAGGCAGCCGACACACCACCUCUCUGCUCUAACGAACUGCAUGAAAAGCCCUGCAUCUCCAGCCUGCAGGAGACAAUAAAUGCUUGUUGAAUGAA